ACAUCGUCCCCCUGGUUGUGCCAUGCGCACUGGCGCUUGUUGUUGUUGAGCUGGUUGUUAUGGCUGGACAAGGCCUCGGACUCAACUGAGAGAGGACCCCCCUCCCCUCCCCAGACCACCCCGUCUCCGCUACGGGACACCCGCCAUCCAUGGAGGGCACAGACAUGGACGUGGACGCGGAGCUCAUGCAGAAGUUCAGCUGCAUGGGCACCACGGACAAGGACGUCCUCAUUUCGGAGUUCCAGAGGCUGCUGGGUUUCCAGCUCAACCCAGCCGGCUGCGCCUUCUUCCUGGACAUGACCAACUGGAAUCUACAGGCUGCUAUUGGUGCAUAUUAUGACUUUGAAAGUCCUAGUGUCAACACGCCAUCCAUGUCCUUUGUCGAAGAUGUGACGAUUGGCGAAGGAGAGUCUGUCCCUCCAGAUACACCGUUCACAAAGACCUGGAGGAUACAAAACACAGGUGCAGAGUCAUGGCCACCUGGGGUUUGUCUCAAGUAUAUUGGUGGGGAUCAGUUUGGUCAUGUUAACACAGUAAUGGUGAAGUCUCUAGAUCCCCAGGAAAUAUCAGAUGUGAGUGUGCAGAUGCGAAGUCCCACAAAUCCUGGCAUGUAUCAAGGCCAGUGGAGGAUGUGUACAGCCACCGGAUUAUUCUACGGAGAUGUAAUCUGGGUGAUUCUUAGUGUAGAAGUUGGAGGUCUCCUCGGUGUGACCCAACAGCUGUCCUCCUUUGAGACAGAGUUCAACACCCAACCCCAGCGCAAUGUCCAGGGAGACUUCAACCCCUUUGCCUCGCCACAGAAGAACAAGCAUGAUGCCACUGACAACAGCUUCAGAGAUCCUGGUGGAGCCUGGGAACGCACACAAGAGCCAAUCCAGCAAGAUCAGAAUGGACUGUCUCAUAAUGCUGUAAAUAGGGCAUCAAAUGGUCUCCAAACCAAUCUUUCCGUGAUGACUUAUGGCCAGGGUAUUCACGGACCCUAUCCAUUUGGACAGAGCUAGAAUGACAAAGACACCCCCCCUCCCCCCCAUGGUGUAGACGAGUUUAACACCCUGGGAGUCCUUAAAUGCAGAGGAGUCUGAGGGGGGUGGAGGAACAGUUGUUUUAUACUGACUCAUGAGAACCCUCUCUCCAAGAAACCCAUGGCCCUUUUCACAGAAACACAAAUGACAGUGAGGUGAUGGAUUACAUCUGCUACAGUGAAAUGUCCCACCUGACAUCAUCACCCGGAUUCGCAUGUGUGAAUGCUUCAUUUAAGAGUGCUAUAAACCCUUAAAAACAUACAUACACAGCUAUUUUUAUUUCCAAUGUAAAACACGCCUAAUUAAAGGGAAAAUCACCCUAAACAAUGUGCAUACUAUUUGGUAAUCCCAUGGGCAAUUGAAUACUUUCUCUCUUUGGGGUUCCUACCAAGGUCUGACAUUUUGAAAAACACAUAGCUGUACAAAAAUGAAUGGUGGUUAUUGAUCAUUUUGAGGCCUUGAUAAAUGUUUAAAAGAAGACAAAAACUGAACCGAAUUGUGAUUUUUUUUUUUUUUUUUUUUGUCACCAUGCCAAACUGUUUUUAUUUUAGGCACGUGGAGAAGUUCCACACUCCUUUAGAUGAUAGCCUUGCCCUAGUUUCACCACAAACCAGGGGAAUGAUGAGAUGGUUAAAACAAGUAUGACCUGUUGUACCAGACGACUCUUCAUGGAUAAAUUCCAAAGAUUGGCAGACAUCAAAGACAGUUAUUCAGUUCUUGAAAUCUGCCUUUGAGUUGUAUUCACAUGUAUGAUGGCAGGUGGAUUAUGGGAAAGAUUUCUAAGAACACAUCUUGUUCAAAUCAGCAGACAAACAUAAAUGGAUGAUUUUGUUUACAGUAUGGCACCUCAUCUAUUAAGUUUGUCUUAAUUUGAAUGUGUGACUUGGCUGAAAUGAGGCAUCCACAUUUGUUUAUUUUCAGACAGUUCUGUAAUCAAAUGCUGGGUGAGAAAUAUCAAAGUUUUCAGAGAAGUCAACUUUCCACUUGUGGUUCCGAUUUGGAUUGUAAUGAGGUUUACAAGUUGAAAAUUGGGAAUUCUGAAAAAACAAAAACAAAUGGAUAUGGCUGAAAAUGGAAUUUUCCUUUUUACCGUUUCAGGUUCUCCAGUCUGGUUUAAUAGACUUAAUUGUCUUCAUUCUGUCUUUUUCACAGUUCUUAGCAUCAAACUGGGUGCAAUCUCAAACAGUUGUUUGAGUUGUUGGCUGAGAUGACAUGGAAAUUGACACAAAUAUCUACUGUAUUACACAUUAAACUCUAAAAUUAUCAGUGUUCAUGUUUUCAGACUCAAACUGAGCAGUGUUGGACUUGUCUGGAGUCCUGGUGUUUGAGCCAGGUCAGAUAACACAUUGAAACACCAAUACGUUGAAUAAGUUGCAACAUUUACAUUUUGUCACACAACCACAUUACAUGUAGGAACACUCCAUUUUUGUCCAGAAAAAUCACAUCUGAAGAAGUCUAUACAUUCAAGACUGAUCAGAUAGAUGUUCCUGAGCACCAAGAUGAGGAGAGAAAUUCCUGCACCUUUGCAUAGAAAAUGUUGAUUCUUGUGUAGGAGCCCCAUUUUUCUCCCAAAGAUAAAACCCAGAGAGCCAAGACACUAAUCUGUGCUGUCAUCAAGCCACACAGUCUGCAGGUGCCUGGUUCAGACUGCAUGGGACAAUGUGUGUGUUUUGUAGGGUGGGUUUUUGCUUUAAAUAGAUGCUGAAGCGCAAAAAGGAUGCGAGUGAGUUUGAGUAAGUGAGGUGUGAGGAAGGGUUGAAAAAGCCAUUUAAAUCUAUUUUGCCUGGUGAGUGACUGUAGUUUCUGAGUCUACGUCUACAGUAUGUGUACUAAAUGUAUAUAUAUGUGUGCGUGCCUGUUAGGUGUGCAUGUAUGUUAAUGGUUUCUAUUUGGAUUUAACUGACGUUAAAUAGUGUAUACUACUUGGGCAAAGGAUGACUUGACAUGUACACAUCAAUAUGGAGAGAGCUUUAAUAAGCAUGUACCUCAGAAAUAUUUUUGAGUGGUUCUUCUAUGCUUGGAUGAACUGAUUCAAUAAUUACCCUGUUAUUUAUUUGCUGUCUUUAUGUGCACUGCAGAUUCAAAAGGUUCCAUUUGUAGCCAGCAGGUGGUGCUAAAAAUCAGUCGACCAACUCAAACUUUACUUGACACCAUGCUACACUGUAAAAACAAAUGAAGAGGUAAUGAGCUUGUAGUUUGACCCUGGUAGAUGAUCUAGAUCUGAAAUUUGAUGGUUUGCAUCUGCCUUAUUAGCACCGGUGUUCUGUUACUGCUAUUUGCACAGCGCUGCCCACCACCUCCAAUGAGGAAAAGGAGAGAUUUUUGGCUUAUUGUGGAUUGUGACACCAGCAUUUUCAUUUGUUUCAUGACAGCUUCAGGUUUUGUUUUCAAACUAUUGAACGUACACAUUUUCACCCGUUUCAUCACUGCACUAGUGUCUGAUGUUUAAAAUAUGUUAUUUUGAUGACAUGAAUGAGUUUGACUGCUGUUACCCCUGAAUUUUUUUCAGCUUCAGUCAUUAUGUCCAAAAGUGGUUUUCAUGUAUUUUUGGCUUAAAAAAUAAAAUGGAAAAAAUUUGUUAAGAGAAAUCUGUGAUACCGGUACGGUUUAUUUCACAAGGAGGAAUUCAAACAGAUUUUUUUGUAUUUGUUUUGAUACUUUGAUUGAUCAAAGUUACUCGAAGUUGUUUCUAUGAACAUCUGAAUGCCAUUCAAAAUAUUUAAAGUUUGUUGUUAUAACCUGUACCAUUUGUAAAUUCACCAGCAUUCUGUGUUGCAGCUCUGCUUUUUCUGUAUUCAUGAAUCAUCUGAGAGUCCUCCUCCCAAACAGUAUACACUGUUGAAUCUGUUAGUCACAUCAGGUUUUUUUUCUUUUACGUGUGCGUGCACUUUCUUCUUGUGGGGUUGCUUGUGUGUGUUUGUGAGUGUGAGAGACAGAUGGUGAGGAGGUCUGAAAUUUGCUGGAUUUAUUCUCUAGUUUUAGUUUACGACUAUGUAUGAACUUGAGGGUGGCAUGGUGAGUGGAUGGGAUGAAAGUUUACAUAGUCCUAAGAUAGCACAUUUAUCUGAAGAGAAAUUGUCAAAAUAAAGUUUUUUUUCCCCCUGUAUCUAUAAUUAAGCAUUUGUAUGAUUAAAUUAACACUGAAACAGUGA